CUAACCUUUUUGCUGAAAUUGGAAUCUCGUUAAACAAAUUCUUGCUACUGAGCAACAUAUCAAGGACCUCAUCACUUUGAUAAUGCGAACUGCAAGCACAUGUCCAGUUGUGCAGUAAAUGAUGUGUUGCACUGCUGGAACCUUUGACUGCUCCGUCAGCCACCCCAGCUCGUCCUUGGCCUCACAUGAGCCGUAGUCAUGUGCUCUCCAAGGGGCUGCGCUCUCUGUCUCACAUAACACGGGGUUGUAAAACACGGUUCUGGCUGGACUUUGUUUAGUCUUUCAGGUGGAAAAUUCAAGAAGUACGCUGUUAUUGUAGGAAGGAUGUAGGUGCGGAACUGAAACCCUGCAGCCAAUGUUUCCCGUUUUGUUACUCUAGUGGCCUUUCACGUUAUUAAUGUUGCUUAGUCAUUUUUAUGACUAAUGAAUUUUAAUUUUGUUUGUGGGGGAAAGGACGACCAAGUUUUGCGCAGUCAUAUCUUCUGGAGGCGGAAAUUUAUCCCUCGAGUUCCCAGCGAUCCCUCAGCCUGCCCAGAUGAAGGCCGAGCAAGAAGGAGACCUCCUCAACGAGGACUGCGCUCCGGAGAAUGGAGUCGAGACAAACCAGUACAGCUCCGUCUCUCCUCCUACUUCACCUGUGGCCCAGGACGAACCCUUCUCCACCUACUUUGAAGACAAGGUGGCCAUUCCUGAUAAUGUCAGCCAGGUGUUCAGCUUCCGUAAGCUCUGGGCGUUUACUGGACCAGGUUUUUUGAUGAGCAUUGCUUACUUGGAUCCAGGGAACAUCGAGUCUGAUCUGCAGUCUGGAGCUAAAGCUGGCUUUAAGCUCCUGUGGAUUCUCCUCGGAGCCACCAUCAUCGGGUUGCUGUUGCAGAGGUUAGCUGCGCGCCUCGGGGUCGUCACUGGGAUGCACCUGGCUGAAGUCUGCAACCGCCAAUAUCCAAAAGUUCCUCGGGUCAUUCUUUGGCUGAUGGUUGAGCUGGCGAUCAUUGGCUCUGACAUGCAGGAGGUUAUUGGCUGUGCCAUAGCGCUCAACCUUCUGUCUAGGGGCAGUAUUCCACUUUGGGGAGGAGUCCUCAUCACCAUCACAGACACAUUUGUGUUCCUCUUUCUAGACAAAUAUGGCCUGAGGAAGCUUGAAGCUUUCUUUGGCUUUCUAAUCACCAUAAUGGCUUUCAGCUUUGGCUACGAGUAUGUGCUGGUCAAGCCAAACCAAGGGGAGCUGCUGAAGGGGAUGUUCGUGCCUUACUGUGCCGACUGUGGGCCCGUGCAGCUGGAGCAGGCCGUGGGAAUCGUGGGAGCUGUCAUCAUGCCCCACAACAUCUACCUGCACUCAGCGCUGGUCAAGUCUCGGGACAUUGAUCGCAAAAAUAAGAAUGAAGUAAAGGAAGCCAACAAGUACUACUUCAUUGAGUCAUCUGUUGCUCUCUUCAUCUCCUUUCUCAUCAACGUCUUUGUCGUAGCUGUCUUUGCUCAGGCCUUCUUCAAUAAAACCAAUAUUGAAAUGCAUAUGCAGUGCAAUGCAACCGGCAGCCCAUACACAGACAAAUUCCCUCUCAACAACCAGACACUCGAGGUGGACAUCUACAAAGGGGGCGUGGUUCUGGGCUGUUUCUUUGGCCCUGCAGCCCUCUACAUCUGGGCAAUUGGGAUCCUGGCAGCUGGGCAGAGUUCUACCAUGACCGGCACUUACUCUGGGCAGUUUGUCAUGGAGGGUUUCCUCAACCUUCGUUGGUCCCGUUUUGCACGCGUGCUGCUGACCCGCUCCAUCGCCAUCACGCCUACGCUGCUAGUAGCCAUUUUUCAAGACGUUGAGCAUUUGACCGGGAUGAACGACUUCCUCAACGUGCUUCAGAGCAUGCAGCUUCCAUUUGCUUUGAUCCCAAUUCUGACCUUCACCAGUCUGACGUCCAUAAUGAACGACUUUGCAAAUGGAAUGGUAUGGAAGAUUUUGGGAGGCGUGGUCAUCCUGGUGGUUUGUGCAAUCAACAUGUACUUUGUGGUGGUUUACGUGACGGCGCUGAACAGUGUGCUGCUCUACGUGUUCGCUGCCCUUCUCUCCGUAGCCUAUCUGUGCUUUGUAGGCUACCUGGUAUGGCACUGUUUGGUUGCUUUGGGGGUUUCCUGCCUGGACUUUUGCGGCAGGAUGCAGCUGUCACGGCACACGGAUAUCUACUUACUGACUGACAUGGACACUGAUACUGACACUCAGGCUGAGACGUUGUGAUCGAAUGUUCAAGUGAAGAGCAGACCCCAGCGUGUUGCCACUGGAGCUCGGCCAGUAUGCGUUUGUCUUUGCCUCUCUGUGCCUAACGUGGAUUUUAAAGUGUCCUUUCAGUACACACCGAUGUCUAAUGCAAUGAUGCAUGUUUUUCAUCGCAACCUCAGCUAAAUAAUGUUUACAAAAAACAUUUAAUAUAUCUGAACCUCGAAGUGACUGUGACACAGUGAACGACUAUUCAAGAUUUAGAAACACUGCACUCUAAUUACUAAUUAUUCCAGGUCAUUGAGAUGCCAGGGUCUUGUCUUCUGUAAAACUGUUGUCGGAUUUCAGCCGGUGCUUUACUAAUGAUGCUAUGGACAAAUAUGCAGAGAAUGGACAGCAGCCAGCCACAUUUAUUUGGACAUCAUUUAGUUGACAUGCUCUAAAGUGUUAUUCGUAAAGAAACCCCAAAGCUGCAUUAUGAUUAUUUAGCAUUUGUUGGGGCCAUGUUCAGAUAAAAAAAAUUUUGUGAUAAAAAAUAAAUUAAAUCUAAAUGCUAACAUUAAUCUAAUACUAAUAGUAUAAUACAUUGUUAUUAUUACUAUAUUGAAUAUAGAUUUAACAUUGUGUUAAGCUAUAAAAGACUGACAGUUUUAUGUCAUUUUUAAGCACAGUUAUGCAUCUUUUAGAUGCUAAAAGUGUCCGUUCUUGGAGAGAACGUCAUUAGUCAUUACAUCCUUUUGUGUUUCCAGAUAUUUUAAGGGCCAGUCAUACUAAAAAAUAUUAAAUUAAGUCACCACGCGCAGCUCCUCUUGGUGUUUGUACCUCAAUGUGAUACAAAACGUGACAGCAUACGCUCACUUUAGGCCUAAACUUAUUUAUCCCUUCUCACACAUUAGAAUCUAAUAAUUUGGUAUUACUUUUAGUUAUUUAUUCUUUCCCAAAUGUCAUUCUCCGUUAAGUCUAGGCCAGUUUAUUUGAUAUUUAUUUAUUUUGGUCAUAAAUUUUUUUGGAAAUGUUUGGUUUAAAAUGUUUGUAUUUUCUUUAACUUUGGCUCUUGGGGGACAUUUUUCAACAACUUUUUUUUAAAGACAAAUGGGAUGUGCGCAGAUGUGCAUAACAUUUAUUGUAUGAAAUUAACAUUGAGGCAUAAGUUCAAACUGUGGCGCAAAUAUGUGAGGUACAGUAAAUGCUAAAUAUGAAAAGAGAUGUGUUGCAUAAUGAGUAGCAGCAUUGGUCAUGUUAAUUGUAUCUCAGGGCUCCUUGUUUCCGAAAAGAUGCUUUUUGUUACUCAACUGCUGUGUACCAGGUGUUACAUUAUAGUUUUUAUGAUUUUACAAAAGAUGAACAACACUGUUCCAAAUAUGGGAGACAAGCGUUAGCUCACCAGUAGAGGGCUGAUGUAAAAUGUCUAUGAAUGUGAAGGCCGGACUCUUGUGUGUCUUCUUGAGUACUUUACAGACUUAUCUUUAAAAAAAGUUGUAUUUUACAUAAAAGUAGACCAUUAAUAAUUACAAGUAGUUUAAGAAAGACAAUAGACAGAAAAGGAUUUGUAAUAACGGUAUAAUCCAACAUAAAAAUAAGGCAGCUUUGUGCUGAUAAAUGAACCAAACUGUUUCCUGGACCAAACACUGAAUUUCUUUGUUUUUUUUCACCAUUGUGCCUCAUUUUUUGAAUCUCUAGCACACCAGUCAAAAACGAUAAACAACCCAAAAAUCUCACAUUUUACUUUUAUUUUACGUGUGUACACAAGUAAAAUGUCUCAGACCUUUGUUGAGGUAAAGAGGCUGACAAUAUCUUUUUGUUUGAUAUUUUUUCAAAUUAGUUUUUUUUUGCCAUUUGAUUCUGCAUUGCCACCACCUAUUCUGUAGGAUAUUUUUUUCUAUAUGUAUAUGUAUGGUCAUUUUAGUCUUGCAAAAACAACUUCAAAGAAAUUCACUUUUUUGUGUGUAAAAAAAAAAGCACUUAAUUACAAAAUCAAUGGUCCAAUGUCUUAUUGAAUGCAUUAAAGCUGAAUAUAUACCUUUUUACAAUAUUUGGAGGAAUUUUGAUGAGAACAGCAGCAGACCAAUGCUUAGCAGUGAUGGAAUUGUGUUGAAAGGACUCAACAUUCAGUGAACAUGUCUCGCUGCACGGUGCAUUUGGAAGUCUGGCAGGUUUGUGUCUGAAUAUGGGAACCUGGGAUUUCCAGAGACCUUCUGUUUCCAUUUCCAGAAAGGAAAGCACUGUGCUGUAAAUUAGUUGAAGGUUUUGUAUUGAACUCAGAAGAACAGUAUUAUCUGAGCCCCUCUUAGAAGGGUCGUUAUCUGAUCAUUUCUCUUGCCACCAGAUCUGUCGUUUAUAGAAUGUGUCAUAUAUGUAAUGUUUGUCUCUUUUUUUUUCUUGUUGGAUAUAAAAA